AUUUCUUAUAUAUAUAUGGGCCUUUUCUUUUUCUUUGGUUGUGUCUCUAGGUCCGUCAAAACAUUCACUUAUGAAGCAUUGAACAAUAUUGUGAGGCUGAUCAAUGGGGUUUCAGCACUUCUAUUGGCUAUAUUGCCAGGGAAAUCCACUAUUCUCGAAGGCAUCCAGGGCUGGGAGCUCAGGCCAACUUUUCGUGGACCUCGACUACCCCGUUGGAUGGAAAAUGGUGUCUCCUCCUUCAACCAAUUCAUUCAUGAACUUGCUGUCGAUUCUGAUACUUCAUCAAGUGUGGAUUAUUCAUCUGGAGAAGAUAGUGUAGAUAGUAAUGAAAGCUUAUAUCCUGCUUCUCCUUCAUCACAUGCUUCACGGGCAUCUCGAGCAAGCUGUUUCAUCAAGUAUGAUAAACGUCAAACACGGAGGAUUAAGUACUUAUUCUCAUGGAUUUUCUGGCCUGCAAAAUUUGUUCUGGGUAUACCAUGUUUUCUCUAUCGUUCUUCUGGGUUUCGGGGGAUAAGAUCUCUAAGUACCCCUCGAAGCCAUCAACCUUUGCGUUCACAUUUGACCAAGAAAUCAAGCUUCCUCAAGGAACAUGUUUUUCACCGCACCACUGACAGGAGACGUGGAGUUAUUGAGGACCUCCAGCUAGGAAUUGAAAUCUUCAUAGAAGCCACCUUUGAUGUUGUUCACAAGGCAGCACAUUGCCUUCUUUCACCAUCAGAAUCUUUCAGAAUGCUUUUUAGUUGGUUUUCUUUGCAGAGAAGUAUCAAGGAAGUUCCUGCUAGCGGUUCAGAUAAAUCUGUUCCCACAGCUACACUUGGAGAAAAUGAUCCAACUCCUACUGAAAGGAAAACCAAUUUGCGCCAGCCUAUGAAUACCGAUGCUCGAACAUGCCAAGAUGUCAUAACAGAACUUGGGUAUCCAUAUGAAGCUAUUCGUGUAGUUACUGCUGAUGGAUAUGUUCUUCUUUUGGAAAGAAUUCCUAGGCGCGAUGCACGGAAGGCUGUGUAUCUGCAACAUGGAAUAAUGGAUUCAUCCAUGGGAUGGGUGUCUAACGGAGUGGUUGGCUCUCCUGCAUUUGCAGCCUUUGAUCAAGGUUAUGAUGUAUUCCUGGGGAACUUUCGUGGUUUGGUUUCUAGGGAACAUGUUAACAAGAACAUCUCCUCACGACAGUACUGGAAGUAUUCCAUCAAUGAGCAUGGUACACAGGAUGUACCUGCUAUGAUAGAGAAAAUCCAUGAAGUUAAAACCUCUGAACUGAAGAGCAGCCAGCCUGAUCUUGAAGAGGAAAACAAUGAUGAUCAGCCUUACAAACUUGCUGCAAUCUGCCACAGCCUGGGUGGAGCAGCAAUAUUGAUGUACGUCAUAACGCGUCGGAUAGAGGAGAAGCCCCACAGACUCUCGAGGUUGAUUCUACUGUCACCAGCUGGGUUCCAUGAUGAUUCUACCCUAGUAUUUACUGUUGCUGAGUAUCUUUGUCUUAUGCUGGCUCCAAUCCUUGCUCCACUUAUGCCUGGGUUGUACAUACCGACCAGAUUUUUCCGGAUGCUGCUGAACAAGUUAGCAAGGGACUUCGACAAUUACCCUGCCUUGGGAGGGCUAGUUCAGACCCUUAUGAGCUAUGUUGUCGGUGGUGAUAGCUCAAACUGGGUUGGGGUGCUAGGUUUGCCACACUACAACAUGCAUGACAUGCCUGGAGUGUCUAUUUUUGUUGCUAUUCACCUUGCACAGAUGAAGCGUAGAGGAAAGUUUAUAAUGUAUGAUCAUGUGAGUGCAGCUGCUAACAUGGAAGUGUAUGGAUCGCCUGAGCCCUUGGACUUGGGUAAACACUAUGGACUCAUUGACAUUCCUGUCGAUCUGGUUGCUGGGCGGAAGGAUAAGGUGAUACGUCCAUCCAUGGUUAGAAAACAUUACAAGUUGAUGAAGGAUUCAGGUGUUGAUGUGUUCUUCAAUGAAUUUGAAUAUGCUCACCUGGAUUUUACAUUUUCCCACCAUGAAGAACUUUUGGCUUAUGUCAUGUCCCGCGUGUUGCUUGUUGUACCUCCACCUAAGCAACAGUUUGGUCAGAAGGCUGCGAGAUUGAAGAGGAAAGGUGGAAAUGGGUCAACUAGUAAUACUACCUUGAGAUCAUCAUCAUCAUCGUCAUCAUCAUCGUCGUCAUCAUCAUCAUAGUAGACAAAAUGUAUAAAUGUGGAAGCUUUCGGGAUUAAGCUGCAGGGGUGUCUUCUUUGGUUUUUGUCGGGUGACAUGCUUGCAUUUUAUGUUCAUACUUGCUGCUGUUGUAUAUGAUUGACUAGGUGUAUUUUACACCAUUUUAGUUAGGUUUUAUCUCCAUAUGGGUGUCAAGUCAUCACCUUCCCUCCCUGAGGAGAGAGUUUAAUCAUUGGGAAGUGCGUUAUGGGUAAGGAUCACUAAAUUGUACCUUGUAAGAGAAGUUCUGUGCGACUUGGUUUAUAUUGUGAGUAUUCAUGAACAUCAGCCUUGAUGAAACCAUUGCUUAGACUUCUUCGGCAUCCUUUAUGAUUGAUGAAUGCCAUCUUCUGUCAUUGCUUGA